CCCCAGAAGAGCCGUGGGAUGGACGAAGGGGGAGUGCGACCGCCCGCUGAGCCGCCCACAAGGAAGAAAUUCCUCAUCCUGGACGGGGAUGAGGCCCCUCCUGCUGGGGCGAAGCCCUUAUUCAGGUCCACUCGGACCCUUCCCACCACGGAGACCUCAGCCCAGGCGGCCCCUCAGACCUACGCUGAGUAUGCUAUCUCGGGACCUGCAGGAGGGGCUGGAGCCGCACCCCCCACCGGGCCAGAACCCCAGGCAGGAGAGACCCCCAACCAGGCUCCCAAACCAGGGGCAAAAUCCAACAGCAUCAUUGUGAGCCCCCGGCAGAGGGGCAACCCCGUACUGAAGUUUGUGCGCAACGUGCCCUGGGAAUUUGGCGACGUGGUUCCUGACUACGUGCUGGGUCAGAGCACCUGUGCCCUCUUCCUCAGCCUCCGCUACCACAACCUCCACCCGGACUACAUCCACGAGCGGCUGCAGAGCCUGGGGAAGAGCUUCGCCCUGCGGGUCCUGCUCGUGCAGGUGGAUGUGAAAGAUCCUCAGCAGGCCCUCAAGGAGCUGGCUAAGAUGUGCAUCCUGGCAGACUGCACGCUGGUCCUUGCCUGGAGCCCCGAGGAGGCCGGGCGGUACCUGGAGACCUACAAGGCUUACGAGCAGAAGCCGGCAGACCUCCUGAUGGAGAAGCUGGAGCAGGACUUCGUCUCCCGGGUGACUGAAUGUCUGACCACUGUGAAGUCAGUCAACAAAACCGACAGUCAGACCCUCCUGACCACCUUUGGGUCUCUGGAACAGCUCAUAGCCGCAUCGAGGGAAGAUCUGGCCUUGUGCCCGGGCCUGGGGCCCCAGAAGGCCCGCAGGCUGUUUGAUGUCCUCCACGAGCCCUUCUUGAAAGUGCCCCGAUGACCUCAGCUGCCCAGGAGGCCCCCAGUGUAACAAUAAAGCAUUUUCCCGCCAGGC